GGGAAACUGUAUGGAGAUCAAAUGUUUCAUCGAUGAGAAAAGUAUCAGAAUAUCGGCAAAAAUCCAUCUCACUCCUUAUUCCCCCACUGCUGACCACAGUUGUUGGGUGUAUUCUCGUCCCAUUAGUUGGAUGUGAGUGGAAACGCCCACCGGAUACUUCACAUUCAUACAUCCGGUGAUUUAUCUGGCUCAUUGUUCUAUCUCUGUGUAGCAGCGGCUAUCUGGAACGAAGCAAAGCAGCCCCGGCUUUUUAGACUGGGAAUCAGCUGGCUAGCUAAUGGCUAUGCUUCAAUCAGAAUGAUAUCGCAGCGGGAACGAGGAGAACUUGCACGUUUUUAUACUGUUACGGACCCUAAAAAGCACAAGAAAGGCUAUACAGUGUACAAAGUCACUGCAAGGAUCAUCUCCAGAAAGAACCCGGAAGACGUCCAAGAGAUCACGGUGUGGAAGAGGUACAGUGAUUUCCGGAAACUUCAUCACGACCUCUGGCAGCUACACAGGAAUCUCUUCAGCCAAUCAGAGCUCUUCCCACCCUUCGCCAAGGCCAAAGUGUUUGGACGUUUUGAUGAGACGGUGAUUGAGGAGAGGAGGCAGUGCUCAGAAGAUCUGCUCCAGUUCUCUGCUAACAUCCCAGCCCUCUACAGCAGCCAGCACAUCCAGGACUUCUUCAAGGGAGGGGAGGUCAGCGACGGCUCAGAGCUUAUUGGACCGGCUGAACCCUUCUUGGACUUCCUGGCUGACAGCCUAUCAGACUGCGGCUCUGAAGUUCAGAGGGAUCUCGGUGGAGCAGAUGAUUUGACCAUUACCAGUCAGUCUGAAUAUGGAGGUCCGUCCAGUGACAGUGACCUGACCUCCCUGGCCAUAGACAUAGACUCUUUGGCCGAGCUGGACGAUGGCAUGGCCUCAGGCCGUAGCUCGCCCAACCAGCCACUGGGAGGCUCCAGCACCAUCACCAGUACCCACAGCAGCCCCUCUCUGCCCCCCCUGUAUGACUACCAGCAGCACCGCCAUCAGCAGCACACCUCGAAUCCAGCCCCCUGCUCCCCAGCCCCCGAGGUCAGCCGAACCAGCAGGACAGCGCUGUUCCCCUCCAGUCUGAGGAGAGGUAACGCUAACGCUAAGGAAACCAAGAGAGACUACCUGGACAGGGCUAGUGAACACAUCCGAUUGGCCGUGCAGAAGGAAACGGAGCAGGACUACCAAUCAGCGUUCUCCUACUACAGGAGCGGGGUGGAUUUGCUUCUGCAAGGGGUGCAAGGCGAGCCCAGCCCUACGAGGCGGGAGGCUGUGAAGAGAAGGACGGCUGAGUAUCUGAUGCGUGCUGAGCAGAUAUCCAAUCAGCAUCUGAGAAACAGCAUGGGUCAAGGGUCAACACAGACCGUGGCCAUGGGGGCGCAAUCCUCUACCGCCACCUGCAGAGGGGGUCAGCAGAGUCCAGCCGAGGAGCUCAGGGCCUACAUGGUGCUGGGGGUCAUCGAUAAGGUUCUACUGGUUAUGGACAAGAGAACCCAGGAGACCUUUAUUUUGAAAGGCUUGAGGAAGAGCAGUGACUGUGGGAGACCCAAGCGGACCAUCAUGCCUCACUCUGUGCCCCACAUGGUGCGGCUGAGGAAGUUCAUUGUCUCAGAGGACACUGUGUUUCUUCUGCUACAUUACGCUGAGGGUGGGAAGCUAUGGUCUCACAUUGGGAAGUUCCUGCGUAACUCCAGCCCGGAGGACAGCUUCGACAUUCCCUUCAUUCAGAAAAGCCACACCACGGCAGUCCACUCUGUCCAACAUGCUGCUCCCAAGCUGGGCUUGGACUCUGGCAGCUCUGGGACUGGGCCUGGAUGUGUGCUCCAGAGGCAAGGGGAGUCUUCUCUUGUCCUCCCCCAGAAGAGUGCUCUGCCUCCUGGGCUGGCUGACCGCCUUAGGCCCCAGUUGGACUCUGGAGCGACCUCUGAGUUAGAGGAGUGCACCGACAGUUAUCUGAAUCUCUGUAAUGAGUACGAGCAAGAAAAGUUAGAACCAGAAGCUCUAGGAGAGGAGGAGAAGGAGGGAGAGGUGUGUGUGUCGAGAGGACAGGAAGCAUCGUCGCUGGAUGUCACCGUCACCACGACAACCACUUCCUCCAGGACUCGCUCACUGCUUAGCAACGACAGCCUCUGCUCUCCAAUCAGCGCCCAGGAGCUGCGUUUCUUUACUGAGACGGCUGUGGAUCACAACAACGGGCGUUGCCAGGACAUCGGGCAGAACCACGGCGAGGUGUUCAGCCCCUUGCUCUCCCCCGCCGUUCCCCUCUCGUUGGACCAGUCCAAACGCACCCCCAUGGAGUUCUUCCGCAUCGAUAGUAAGGACAGUGCUAGCGAGGUGACGUGGUGUCCUGACUCAGCCGAGCUGAGGCCCAAACCAGACCCUUCCAAGCCGCUCCCCUUCCUGUCCACCUCUGACCUGGGCUCUGAAGUCACAGACCUGUCGGACUUAGUGGAGGAGGUGAAAGGUCAUGGAGGUGGGUCUGACCGGUGGGGUCUGGAUGGUAGUGACCAGGGCUCUAAUGAGUCGGUACCAGUCAUCUCCUUUAAAGAGGCAGUGGUGGAGGACGAGGGUCGACCCCCUGACCUCCUGGUCAACCUGCCUGGGGUCAUUGGUGGGGAGGGGUUGGUGGGGGUAACUGGGGAAGUGGAGGCCCUACAGGAGGAGCUGGUGUCCUCAGGGGUGUGUCUGGCCCAGGAGGCCAAAGCCUCCCCUAAGUUGAUCCAGCCGGACGUCCUGCAGCUCCACCAUGAGCUUGAGGAGGGGGAGGAGCUGGCUGUGGGGCGGGCCCUCCCCUCGAGGAACAAACGCACCACCUCUUCCUCUCCCUGCGCCUCCCUGUGGGACGACUGUGGCCUGGCCUUCGUACAAGAUGCCAAAAUGGCUUCCGGAGCUUCCAUACUCCCGAAUAAGGACUUCCUCCCUGCCAGCGCUGUGUCUAUAGUCUCGCUCUCUUCCUCCAACAUAGACAUUCCAUUCGCUGACACACUUAGCUCACUUCCUGAAAGAUUAGAAGCCAUUUUGAACCCACAGGUACACCCUGACAGUUUGGUUCUUAACCCAGACGGGACGAUAGCUGGCUCCAACCGCGGUCAGGAUGGGACAGGGGCCAGCUCUGGGGCAGAGAGUGCACUAGGCGUUGAGUCCCAGUUCCAGGCCAGUAAGGCUGGUGUGUUUGGUGUGGAGGACAUGGUAGAGUCAGAUAAGGAUGUGUCUCGGCUGUUUGCAGAGCUUGACCAGUUGUCUGCUGUAGCGUCCCAGGCCAGGAUUCCAGAGGAGUUUGUGAGGUGCUGGGCGGUGGACAUGGUCUCUGCCUUGGACUCACUCCAUCAGGAGGGCGUCGUCUGUAAGGACCUCAACCCCAACAACAUCCUCAUCAACAGCAAAGGCCAUGUUGAGCUGACGUAUUUCUGCAGCUGGAGUGACGUGGAGGACUCGUACGACAGGGAGGCCAUCACCAACAUGUACAGUGCACCAGAGGUGGGCGGUAUCAGUGAGGAGACUGCAGCGUGUGAUUGGUGGAGUUUGGGAGCCAUCUUGUUUGAGCUGCUCAUAGGCAAGUCUCUGCUGCAGUGCCACCCAGCUGGUAUCAGUCGCCACACGGCCCUCAACGUCCCUGAGUUUGUAUCUGAGGAGGCCAUGUCGCUACUGGUGGAGCUUCUCCAGUUCAACCCCAUAGAGAGGCUGGGGGCGGGGGUGGCAGGAGCAGAGGACAUCAAAUCACAUCCCUUCUUUGGCCGAGUGGACUGGCCCAAAUAAGCCCAGUGCAUUGUGGGACGGUGGAGGCCAGAAAUGAAUGCUGUGGUCGGAUCGAGCUGCUGACAGGGUGGGCACAAACACACACACAGACACAGAGACCCAGACGUGGCCAGUGUCAACAAGUGAACUCUUGUUGGGGAGUUGGACAUAUCGUCUACACACCUACCUUGUACAUGUUACACUCACUGACGCUCUCUUUAUCCUCACGUUGAGCAGCUUAGACUGUUGAGACAUGAUGCAUGUGGUGCAAUAAACUAACUAGUCCUUUUAUGGAAGGGCGGUUCACAAAGUCAAUUAAACUUAUUUCAACAAGACAACCAACGGUCUUCUGACAUUUCACAGUCCAUAUACAUUCCCCUGUAUUGAUAGGUUGCAUACUGUUUUCUCCGACCUAAAAUUGUAGAUGCCCUCCUCUUGGCCGCAGAGCCAAAAUGUUGCUGUUUCAAAGCUUAAUAUCCUACAAUUCUACACUUUGCCUUGGGGUGGACUGAAAAUGUUACUGUUUUAAAGCUAAUUUCCUGCAGUUCUACACUUUCAUUACAAUUCUACACAUAAUGAAACACAUUUUGCUGUGGGGCGGUGAGAAUUUUUUGGGACUUUUAAAGCUAGUUUCCUGCAAUUCUACACAUUUUGUCAUAGCAUAAGGACACGGCAUAAGCCAUUUGAGUAACUCAAACAUAACAUCUAUGGGGCCCCAUGCCGUUUUUUGACUUUUAGAUUCUCCCGGACUGUCUAGUUUUUGCUUUGAGAACUAACAAUCACCAAAAAUGAUAUUAUUUUAAAACAUAUAGCUCUUAGCUUUUCUACCUACUUUUAUAUCUGGUUUUAGUCGUUUCCGUUUACACUGAAAACAUUUUAUCCUGAAAGUUGUUUGAAUUUUUGCAUAUAAAAAAACCCGACAUAUAUUGGGAGUGUUGACAACGAUUGGCCACUGCUAAAUUAAUAUAGGUGAAACACUGGCAUUGUACCCGGGAGAUGCAUUGUAUAACAGUUGCCAUGGUUGAACAAUGGUUGAAUGAAGGGUGAAUAUUGGUUGGAUUAUGGUUGAGUAAUGUUUUUGUAGGGUUGUCUGAAUGGUAUAGUCGAAGGUGCGUGUUUUUUUUACCCAGAGAAACCCACUGUACUGUACAUCAGUGUUUUUCUGUGCAUUUGAUAAUAUAUUAUAUAUCAUAUUUAAUGAAAAGACAACUAUUAUAGAUUCAAUAAUUGAUGUUCAUGCAUUGAUCUCGUCAUGUAGCCUAAAACUCCCCAUCUUGUGUGUUGUCAAGGUAACUUGUAAUGUCAUUUAUAUUCAUCUGUCUCACACCCAAUCCUAAUUCUCAUUGGUGUCCACUUCUACUCUGACCAAUACCUACUACUUUCAAUCACUCACUUCUUCUACACAAUUCUUUUCCCAAUGAAUGUAGAGAUCCCAUCGGAUGACCUGACAGACUCUGCCUAUUACAAGUCCCACUGUAUGCUGCCUACCUUGUUAAAAUGGCAGAACACUGUCAUCCCCAAUGUAACUCCUGCGCAUCAUAUACUGCCUCCUGCGCAUCCCAUCGCAUACUGCCUGUAACUAACCACAGAUCUAGGAUCAGCUUACACUAACCUAAUAUAACCAUAAACUACUCAGAGGAAAAACUGAUUAUAGACCAGUACUUGGGGACACCUUGAUGAUUUGAAAAUCCCUAUUCAAACCUGAUUGAUUCCUUUAUUUUGUUCUGGCUCUCUGGUUAAUUGAUUGACUAACGACAUGGCAUGGACCUAGCAGUUAGCCCUACACUUAGUCACUAUCCAUGUCCUACAAUGACCUAUUCUCUGAGAUGCCAAACACUACCAGUGAGAGAUGUAUGUGUGCCUGCAAUAGUUGGUUUUCUAUGUUUCUUACUGUGUCUAGCUAUUCUCACUUACACAUGUUUUAUGUAUUAGUCUGUCCUCUCUGGAAUACAACUUAAUAAACACACAACUGGAUCAUC